GCAGGAAUGUGUGGAGGAGCUGGAAAAAGAGAGACAGAGAGGAUCUAGAGGAGGAGGAGGAGGAGGGAUUCAACGCCUUAUCUUCCGCUUACUGUCACAUAUCUGAAGGGUCGACGUGUUCAUAUACCUCCUCGUUCAUUCACCUCCUCCCCCCCCCCCCCAGCCCCGCCUCGAGCAGCAGCAGCAGCACACCUGAGACCUGAGACCACGGAGCGGCAGCAGCAGGUAAAGGUGAGGAAGGAGGGCGGAGGUGGCGGGUUGUGGUGGUCUGGUGGAGGUUCUGCGACUCUGAAAAGUAUCUAAACUUUCCUGUGUGCUAUCAGCGACUUUGACGCAUUUACGGUGCUGAAAAAAAAAUUGGAUAAAAUGGUGCAAUGACCUGCAAAACGGUCCACAGGCAGGAUUAUCACUACCACAGAGAUAAACCGGCAGCAUGGGUGAGGCACCGGUCAGUGAAGAUGGUACAGUGACUAGAUCAGCAGAGUAUGUGGGCUCCUUCCCUGUGGACGACCGCUGCUUGGAUGAUCAGAUAGAGAGACUGCACACUCAGCUGAAGUCCCUUAGAAAAUGUAAAAGAAGGAAGUCUGUGUCCCUAAAAUUCUCCAGCAAAGGUGUGAAAAUGUAUAAUGAGGAUGAAACGACUCUCCUGAUGGCUCACGCUCUGCGUAGAGUCUCUCUGUCCACCGCCCGGCCCAUCGAUGCCCAGUUUGCCUUUGUCUCCCACAACCCGGGCAGCACUGAUGCCCAGCUGUACUGCCAUGUCUUCCAAGCCAGGCACUCCAGAGCAGCACAGUUCCUGAAUCUGCUGCUUUGCCGCUGUUUCCAGCUGUCUUACUUAGACAAGCACCCAGAGGAGGCCCAGGAAAAAUCCGUUGGCUCACUGCCUCGCCGCAACCCCUCCCUGCUCAACCACGGCUUCCCUCUGAGCGUCAGCGCCCUGGUGUCCUUCAGACGAGCCCCUUUUCUCGGGUUGUUUCCAGGGACUAAGAAGAAUCACAAGUCUUCCGAUGAACUGACCAGCAGUCAAGAUGAAGUCUUCCCCACCUCCUCCCCCUCCCUGGUGCGCAAGAAAGCCAUGCGCGCUAAAGGGAUAUGCUCCGGGGCUUACCGCUCCUUCACCUUCACACCACUCAAACAGCGCAUUGCUCAGGAGCGACUGAAUGCGUCACAAGGAAAGGACCAAGACAAGGCGCCGGCGAAGAGAUCCCGCGCUCCGAGCCUGGCCGAAUCAGAAGAAGCACUGGCUCAAGCAGUCUGGUGUUGGGAUGGUAUCGCAACUGACAGCAGCUACUCCCUGCUUGCAGACGAUGUGCUGGGAUCGUACCUCCUGUGCCCACAUCCCAAAAAAAACAAAUGUGGCUCUAUCAUCAUUCGAUUCCCCACUGGCCUCAUCACCCACCUCAUCGAAAACACCCGUAAAGGGAAAUUCCUGCUGGAGAAAUGCAAGACUGAAUUCAGUUCCAUAGCAGAGCUGAUUGACCACUACACAGCGACUCGGAAUGAGCUGACGUGUCGGCUGAGCUGCGCCCGGGUAAACCACUGUUACGAGUGGGAGGAAAACACCAGCAAACCACAGCCUCUCAAGAGCCUGAACAAAGCCAAAAUGAAAAGUACCCACAGAAAGGACUGGGUUUAAACCCUGGACGCUGGAACUUGUGGACUGCCAACCUAAGAAUAAGUGUCAUCUUUUUUUUUUAUUUUGCACAUAUAUCAUCUCUUACCCUUAAAUCACAUUUGGUGUUUUUUGGAAGUUACUGUAUACAAUGCACUUAUUAACAGUAUUGGCACUGUAUAUAGUGCACAAGACAUUUCAUCAGAGGGUACUUAUUUGUAAAGUGUAAUAUUUUGUGCUCGCUGCUUUUUAAGUUUUUCAAUAUAAUCUUUUUAAAAAUAUUUUUUAUUUGUGCCUAUGAGGCACCAGAGGAGUUUAUUUGUCUUUUAAAGACAUAAAACGUAACAAAUUGAAACUGUGGAGUGUUUUAAUCACCCAGAUUGUUGCACCUGAUGGCAAAGCCACAUUUUUUUCUUGCAUUGUAAAGAUGUUGCACAAAUAUAUCUGAUAAAAUUUUAUUAUUCCUUGAAUUUUAAUCUUGCUUGCACAUUAGUCUUUGUGUUAAGACAUUACAUCUGGAGGAUAUGUAAGCAGUAAUCCUAUACACGAUGAUGUGUCCUGGUAUAAGAAAAUAUGACCAAGACACCAAAUAUUUUCUAUAUCUUGACACCUCCAUUUAUUGGUGCACUUAUAUCAUGACCGCUAAGAAGAGACAUGUUCAAACUCUCUGUUUAACGUUUGUGUGCAGUCACGGUUUACUGGUAAUUUUAACUGGUAAUGUUUGUUUAAAAACACUGCACAAGGUAUAUUAAACUGCAUACAGUGGUAUGACGUCUUUAUCAUAAGAUUUUCUGUGAUAUUGUUUUUCUAAUCCAAGAGGCUGCAUUACAAUUUAAGUAACUGAUUUGAGUAUUUUGUACCAUCUUUUCUACAUUAGGCCAACAAACAGUUUUCAUAUUGUUCACCGCUGUUUGAGAUUAAACGUCAGGUGUUCUCUGUUUUCAACCUUACAUCCU